GUGCCGGGUGGAGUGGGGGUGGCAGACCUGCACACCAUGGCCCCAGGCCCGCAGGUUGUGCCUGCUUCCAUCCUGCUGCCCAGGGUAGGAGAGGUGCCAGGGACCUGGGUCUGAGAUGGGGCAGCCUUGGACCGCACCCCAUCAGCCUGCUUCCCUCGGGCUGAGGUGGGGGAAUGGCAAAGGCUUUUGUCCAUUUGUUUUGUUUUGUUUUUUUGGGUGGCACUGUCCCAUCGAACUUUCUGGGAUGUUGUAAAUGUUCUGUCUGGGCCGGCUAAUGCCAUAGCCACUAGCCACGUGUGGCUGUUGAGAAUUUGAACUGUGGCUAGUGCGACUGUGGAACUGAAUUUAAUUUUUUGUUCACUUAGUUCUGAUUCGUUUUUAACAGCCACGUUGGCUGUCGCGUCAGACAGUGCAGUUUCGGAAUCUCCAUCUUUCCAUGCAUCCUUCCUACCUACUCUUUUAUCAGAAACCUCCUAGGUCUGACAGUCAUUUUGUCCCCUCUGCAGGAUGGGGCAGGAGAGCCAGUGUCUAGGUGCCUGGAAAGGAUCGGACACAUUUCCAGAAGGGUAUCACCUUCGCCUUGCACCUCCUCCCCUUUCUAAGACCCUUUGGUGAUGGGCUGGACAAGGCCACUGAAUCAUAGGAUUCUGGGAGGAAAGGAUGUCAGAGGCAGCUUUUUUACCACCCAACAGGUGUCCAAGGGCCCACUCCACUGCUCAUGCUGCCUGAGAGCUCAUCCUUCCUUGCUCAUUCACUCCCCAAAUUUUGCCAGGCACUGUUCCCUUCUCUGGGGUUCAGUCCAAGAGAGAGAGAAUAUACCAAGGAAUAGACCUGCACAGAAAUACGCAUAUUUGUCAACUGUGGGGAGUGCAAUAAAGGGAACAAUCAGGGGAUAGUGACAGACAAGGAGGGGACUUCCUAGGAUCCGACAAUUCAGAAGCCUCCUCUGAAGAGGGGACAGUUAAGCUAAGACCAGAGUGGGAGUGGAGGGUGGGACAUUCUGGAAGAAAGCACAGCUUGUGUGCAGGCCCUGAGGAUGGAAUCUGGCACUCUGGAGGAACCAAGAAAAGGCAGGUAUAGCUGGAAAGGGAGGGAAGGACAAGCAGCUGCCAGCAUUUAUUUGGCAGACCUGGAAAGGGAUUCUGGCACUGACCCAGAGCAACAGGCUGUAGUGGAGGGGUUUAAAAGCAGUGUUUUUAAGAGCCCCCUCCGGCUGCUAGGGUUUGGAUGGCUCAGACAUGAGUAAGAGCAGGAAGUCAAAGGACCAUCAGGAAGCAACUGGCAUAGUCCAGGCAAGAGAUGAAGGUAGCCCAGAUGAGGAAGGUGGUAGAGGCCUGGAGAGAAGGGAUGAGUUAGAGGUAGUUUGUGGAGAUGGAAUCAACAGGCCCUGUGGAUAGACCAGGUCCCGGAUGAGGAAGAAAGUGGGGCUUAGGGGGGCAUGUUUCUGGCCAGAGUACCUGGGUGGGAGGAUGGGCCACAUCCUGGACUGGGGACAACGGGGAGAGGAACAUAUUUUGUAAGGACAGAGUGAAAGUUCCAUUUGACAAACCAGGAAGGUGGUUGGAUGGAGAGGUGUGGUGCCCAGAGGAGUGGCCCAGACCGGGGUUGUAUAUUUCAGAAUGGCCAGCAGAGAUGGUUCUGAACUCUCUGGACAGGUUGAGGUUGGGAAGAGGAGGUGGAGAUGACAACACAGGCCAAGGAGAGGCUGAUGGGGGGAAGUGUAGUGUGUGUGUGUGUGUGUGUGUGUGUAGGAAAGGGAUCUCCAGAGAAAAUCCAGUGGCCCCGGGAGCUCAGCUUUGUGCUAACUUCCUUCUAAUGAGAUAAAGGACUGUGGUCUGGCGGGAUCAGUCAUCCUUUAAUCAGGAGGCCUAAGUUUUUGUUCUGGCUCAGCCACAAAUUAUUCAUGAGUCCGAGAACCACUCUGUCUCCAGGACUCAGUCCCUCCACCCAUAAAAAGUGGUUGUAUAGGUGGUGCUGGUCUUUCCAGCUCCGAGUUCUGGCAUGCUUCAGCUCUCAACACUAAACAAUGCCUUGUCCUGGAAGGCGGGGCUGGGCACCCAUACCUCUCAUACCUCCCUUUGGAUAAUACUCUAUGGCCCUUUGCAUGACCCCGCCCACUCCCAGUAGUCCUUCCCCAUUGGGUUCAGGCCACCCCUCAGCUGGGGCGUGCUCUGUGGGCAGUGUGAUCCUUGGUGGACUCCCUAACACACCUCCCUUGUCUCUUUCAUCUCCAGUCUCCCACCAGCGGAGCAGGAAUAAACUUUCCUGGCUAAGUUAGAUGGAUGGUCCCCAAUAGCCAGGCGGGCGCCCUUCUCCUGCCUCCCCACCAACUCCCCUUAUCAAGGGACGUGACUCUGUGUGUGGGAGGCUGGGAGUUAGAGCAUUUGGGUGGGAACUGGGGUGCCCUGCCCCUCGAGCAGGAAUGGUGCCCCCGGGGAAGAAACCAGCUGGAGAGGCCUCCAACUCCAAUAAGAAGUGCAAGCGUUACUUCAACGAGCACUGGAAAGAGGAGUUUACCUGGCUGGACUUUGACUAUGAGCGGAAGCUGAUGUUUUGCCUUGAGUGCCGCCAGGCCCUGGUACGGAACAAGCACGGCAAAGCUGAAAACGCCUUCACCGUGGGCACCGACAACUUCCAGCGCCAUGCCUUGCUGCGCCAUGUGACCUCGGGGGCUCACCGCCAGGCUCUGGCCAUGAACCGAGGCCAGCCUACUUUUGAGGGCCAGGCUGAGGGAGGAGGGGCCUCCCCAGGCCUGGCGACCACCCCUACCUCCAGGGGCAUCAAGGUGGAGGUGGACCCUGCCAAAGUGGCUGUGUUGACCACGGUGUACUGCAUGGCCAAGGAGGACGUGCCCGACGACCGCUGCUCUGCCCUACUCGAGCUACAAAGGUUCAACUUGUGCCAGGCGCUGCUGGGCACGGAGCGUGGUGAUUACUACAGUCCCAGGAGGGUGAGGGACAUGCAGGUGGCCAUUGCCAGUGUCUUGCACACAGAGGCUUGCCAGUGCCUGAAGGCAUCCCCGUAUGUGGGGCUGGUGUUGGACAAGACCAGAGACUGGCCUGAGUCCCACAGUCUGGCCUUGUUUGCCACGUCGGUGUCACCCUGUGAUGGCCAGCCUGCCACCACCUUCCUGGGCAGUGUGGAGCUACAGGAGGGCGAGGACACUGCUGGCCAACUCCUGGACAUCCUGCAGGCCUUCGGUGUGUCUGCACCCAAGCUAGCCUGGCUCAGCUCAAGCCUCCCCAGGGACUGCCUGGGGAGCGUGGGCCUGCAGCUCCGGGCCACCUGCCCGCUGCUCACGGAGCUGCACUGCCUUCCUGGCCGGCCAGAUCCUGAGCCCCCUGCCUACCUAGCAGGCCCAGCAUCCAGCACCCCCAGCCCCCUGCUGGCCUCCCUGCCCCUGGCUGCCAGGCCUCUGCAGCCCCCGCUGGACUUCAAGCACUUGCUCACCUUCCACUUCAAUGGCGCUGCCCCGCUCAGCCUCUUCCCCAACUUCAGCACGAUGGACCCGGUCCAGAAAGCUGUCAUCAGCCACACCUUUGGGGUCCCCUCCCCUCUGAAGAAGAAGCUCUUCAUUUCCUGUAACAUCUGUCACCUGAGGUUCAACUCAUCGAACCAGGCCGAAGCACAUUAUAAAGGCCACAAACAUGCCAGAAAACUCAAGGCAAUUGAAGCCGCCAAGAGCAAGCAGAGGCCCCAGACCCUGGCCCAGGAUGGGACACUGGUGUCUCCGACCCCGACCGUGGCCAGUGGAGCCCCCGAAGAGCCGCAGCGCAAAGUUCCUGCAGACCCUCCUCCUGGCCCCCCACUCCGGCCACCGCAGCCUCCCGACGCGAUGCCCAGGGAGCCCGCCCACUCAGACCUCUUGGAUGCUGCCUCCUCUUCCUCUUCUUCCUCCUGCCCACCCUGCUCCCCAGAGCCUGGGACAGAGGCCCCAGGACCUGAGCCAGUGGCGGCUGCUGUGGGAAGCGGUGUGAGUGGGGAAGGCAGGAGUGAGAAGGGGCGCCUCUACUGCCCCACGUGUAAGGUGACGGUGAACUCUGCCUCCCAGCUUCAGGCUCACAACACAGGAGCCAAGCACCGGUGGAUGGUGGAAGGUCAGCGAGGGGCUCCCCGAAGGGGCCGGGGCCGCCCAGUGCCCCGGGGAGGAGCUGGACACAAGGCCAAAAGAGUGACCGGGAACCGGGGGGGCCGGCAGGGGCCCAGCCCCCCUUUUCACUGUGCUGUCUGUCAGCUCCAGGUCAAUUCAGAGACCCAACUCAAGCAGCACCUGAGCAGCAGGAGGCACAAAGACCGCCUGGCCGGGAAGCCCCCCAAGCCCUCCAGCCAGCACAGCAAGCUGCAGAAGCACGCAGCGCUGGCUGUGAGUAUCCUCAAGUCGAAACUGGCCUUGCAGAAGCAACUCACCAAGACGCUGGCAGCCCGCUUCCUGCCUAGCCCGAUCCCCACCGCAGCGGCGGCCAUCUGUGCCCUGCCAGGGCCCCUGGCCCUCCGGCCGGCCCCCACUGCAGCCACCCCCCUCUUCCCGGCUCCCAUCCUGGGCCCAGCUCUGUUCCGCACCCCAGCGGGAGCUGUCCGCCCUGCCACGGGACCCAUCCUCUUUGCCCCCUAUUAGCCCUUCCAGGGAGGCCAGGGCCGCCUUCCCAGCGGUCACCUUCCCCACCCUCCUCUCCCCAGGGCGCCUCCGUUCCUACAUCCCGCAGGGGAUUUUUUUCACCGCCGAGGGGUUCCUGACCAACCUAGGAAGAGCGGGGCUGGUUUGAAGGGCAGGUGCCCUUCACCCCAUCUGACUGGGGAUUCAACUAUUACCCCCUGGCCCAAGGGCCAUGCCCACCCUCAGUUCCCCAGCCUUCUAGUCCUGGGCUCCCCGCACUUCCAGCCCGUUGUACAGGGAGCAAACCGAGAAAUCCCCAAGAUCUAUGCAAAAUCCUAGCCCAGCCCCACGGUGCUCUCAUGUCCCCCGCAAGACCUACCCCCACAUGGCCAAGGGCCCUAGAAAUCUUAACUGCCAGCCUGGGACAAGUCUGCGACUGACCCCGACUCCCGUGCUCUGGGAGGCCCUCCCCAUUCGCCGGCUUCUCUGGAGAAUGACACGGUGCGGGACGGGCUCUGGACACGAUGACCACGGGGGCGUGGCGGAAGGCUGGAGGAGAAAGGCAGCCGUGCUGAGGUGGGGCACAGCCACGGUGCUGGAAGCUGUUAGGGGUCAUCUCCAAAUGACUGGUGGGGCUGUGGAAGGUGGUCAUUAUAGUUCCUCCAAUCCCCUCUUAGCCUUUUACUGAUUUCUCCUGAACCCCAGCUCUGGGGUGUGGGGGACACUGGGUCUCCCUCGGACUAUGGACCCAGCUAACACUGAAUCCCCCGCCAGGGUUCCCAAAUGAAGAGCUUUCUUCUCUAGCUAUUCAACCCAAACUGGUCCCUCGCACAAUUCAGCUUUCCCCCCCUCCCAACAGACCAGCACCCCAAGCCUCCCUCACUGUGAAGCUGAGUGUUGGGAUCCAGUCUGGUAACCACAGACCCAUCCUCAUGCUAACGUCACAACCUCCAUCCUAUCCCAGUAUUGUCCCCCUCACCCCACAAUAUGGGACUUUGCCAGUAUCCACCUGUAUCUUUUUUUUAAAAAAAGGAUAUUUCCAAUGGGAAAAUAAGGGGCGGACGGGAGGGAAACUUUUUGAUAACAGUUGUGGUUUUAUUGUGUCCAAUGCAUCAAUAAAUGAACUUUAAGCCCGA